UCUGUUUUAAAUUAUAAACCGUAUAAUUAACAGAUGCAUCCUCUAAGACUAGGUACCAUAAUGAGAUCGUUUACAUUUGAUUAUCCCACCCAUCUUCAACUUAGGAGCAUGAUGGAAACCUUCGCAAAUAAAGCAUCUACACAGCCCCACAGCGGUGAUAGCUAUAUGGAAAUCGCGAAUCAACUUGUGUGGUUUCCUUUUGUUUCUUUAAAUACGACUGAUGUGUCAUCAACAGUUGUUUCUAGUGAAUGUAGUAAGGAAUUUUGCGUCUUUCAGAAUAAUCCACUCAAGAAAUUGACGUUGAAUACUACUAUAAAUUCCGGCGUUUUUCAUCUGCAUGUUACGUAGGUUAAAUGGAGAAAGUUAACAAUAAGCAUUUCUACAGAUUUCCAAGACAAACUAAAGAGUUGCAUCUGAUGUGGAGUAGUCCUUGUAAGCUGUGAAGGCGGAGGGAGUUUUGGCUAGUGGAGUUUCGAAAGCAGACUUAAGACUCAGAUAAUCGAAAAAGUCCAAGAUUCAUAGGAAUGCUUUAACAGGGCUACCAGAACUUGAAACAAAGCUGCAUAUGGGAAAAAUGAACGAAAACUGCUUAAAGCUUUGUACGAUAGCAGCAACAAGAGCUAGGCAAUGGACAUAUGAAGACAAGGAAUUUGCUCUGUCCUUAUACAAGCAAAACCCUUGCCCAUGCAGUGUCUGCCCAAGAGUGAAAGCCAACAUGGAAACCAAAUCUGGUAGCAGAGCCAGAGGGGAAAGCUGUUCACUCAAGAGGAAGCGUGAAUCAAGAAACAGUGCAUCUGAUGGUCUGUAUGCUGUAGUGAGAGGCCCAUCAGUAUCAGCAGAGUCAUUCUUCUCAAAAACGGCGGCAAACAUUACCACUGUUUAUGAGGAACGACAUUUUGAUGUUACACUAUGUGUAUAAAUUAAUGACAUUGUGGCAUAGCCUGCAAAAUGGUGGUUAAUUUUAAUGUAAGUUAUGACAUAAAAUUGAUGUUACAGUGUGUAACUGUUUCACUAGCAUUUUAUAAUGUCAUGGCACAUUCUGCAAGGGGUGGAAAACAUUUGUUCUUCCACUCCUUUAGGGUAAUUAUGUGUGUUGGAAUGUCAUCAAAGUUAAAAGUCGUAGCCAAUAUUACCAUAAUUAAUGGUCCAAAAUGAUGCCAUCAAGUCUGAUACCUUAAUUAACAUUAUCAACAUCAAAGUAUUGGACAUAUCCGGCCCAAUAGCUGAACAGUCAGCACGUUGGAUUGCCACACACGGGGGCCCAGGUUUGGUGCCCGGCUGGGGAGGGAGAUUUUCUCCCCUCAGAGACUGGGUGUUGUGCUGUCCUCAUCAUCAUUUCAUGCCCACUGUCGAUGUGCAAGUCGCCCAAUGUGGCAUUGCGCUCAAUAAGACUUGCAGUUGGCAGUCAAACUUCUCGACUGGGAACUCCCGGCCACUGAUGCCAUACGCUCAUUUCCAUUUCCAGUGUUGGAUAUAUUUUGAAUGCACCCAGUAGAUGGAAAUGGCUGAAUCUACCCCAUGCCUGUGGAUACUAGCCGUCUCCAACUGCUGAAGCUGAUUCCCAAUCACCUCCUCAGUCCCGAUAUAAUUUAUUCAGCAAAUUUAACCAAAUAUAAUGACUGAAAAGAAAAGCAAAAUAAUUACAUAUUUUAACUGAUUAUAAAAGAAAUAAAAUAAAAUAAAAAUAAAAUCUCAAGCAUGAGAAAAAAUUUAGAUUUGUGAGUGAAGGGAUAAAAUAUUUUAAAAAAUUCUAAAAAUAUUCUUACUUUUUAAAAAUGUAAUAAAACCUUUUCUUAUAAAUUAAACCACAGAAUAUGACUAACAUAUGAUAAGAAUUUAAGUUGAAUAAAAUAUUUUUAAUGAGGGAAAAAUAUUUUUAACAAACCAAGAGAGAAAAAAGUCAAAACUAAUAUUUACAAAACCAUUUUUAAA